AUGUUCCGUGCCUAUUCUGGUAUCUGUCCCCCACUUUUCCUUCGCUACAUCGACGACUGCUUUGGCGCUGCUUCCUGCACGCAUGCAGAGCUCGUUGACUUUAUUAACUUUGCCUCCAACUUUCACCCUGCCCUCAAGUUUACCUGGUCCAUUUCCGACACCUCCCUCCCCUUUCUAGAUCUUUCUGUCUCUGUCUGUGGAGACAGCUUAUCCACUGAUGUCUACUAUAAGCCUACUGACUCUCACAGCUAUCUGGACUAUUCCUCUUCUCACCCUGUCUCUUGCAAAAAUGCCAUCCCCUUCUUGCAAUUCCUCUGUCUCCACCGCAUCUGCUCUCAGGAUGAGGCUUUUCAUUCUAGGACGAGGGAGAUGUCUUCCUUUUUUAAAGAAAGGGGUUUCCCUUCCUCCACUAUCAACUCUGCUCUCAAACGCAUCUCCCCCAUUUCACAUACAUCUGCUCUCACUCCAUCCUCCCGCCACCCCACUAGGAAUAGGGUUCCCCUGGUCCUCACCUACCACCCCACCAGCCUCCGGGUCCAACAUAUUAUUCUCCGUAACUUCCGCCACCUCCAACGGGAUCCCACCACUAAGCACAUCUUUCCCUCCCCCCCCCCUGCAUUCCGCAGGGAUUGCUCCCUACGCAACUCCCUUGUUCAUUCGUCCCCCCCAUCCCUCCCCACUGAUCUCCGUCCUGGCACUUAUCCGUGUAAGCGGAACAAGUGCUACACAUGCCCUUACACUUCCUCCCUUACCACCAUUCAGGGCCCCAAGCAGUCCUUCCAGGUGAGGCAACACUUCACCUGUGAGUCGGCUGGGGUGAUAUACUGUGUCCGGUGCUCCCGAUGUGGCCUUUUAUAUAUUGGCGAGACCCGACGCAGACUGGGAGACCGCUUUGCUGAACAUCUAUGCUCUGUCUGCCAGAGAAAGCAGGAUCUCCCAGUGGCCACACAUUUUAAUUCCACAUCCCAUUCCCAUUCUGACAUGUCUAUCCACGGCCUCCUCUACUGUAAAGAUGAAGCCACACUCAGGUUGGAGGAACAACACCUUAUAUUCCAUCUGGGCAGCCUCCAACCUGAUGGCAUGAACAUCGACUUCUCUGGCUUCCGCCAAUGCCCCACCUCCCCCUCGUACCCCAUCUGUUACUUAUUUUUAUACACACAUUCUUUCUCUCACUCUCCUUUUUCUCCCUCUGUCCCUCUGAAUAUACCCCUUGCUCAUCCUCUGGAUCCCCCCCCCCCCGUCUUUCUUCCCGGACCUCCUGUACCAUGAUCCUCUCGUAUCCCUUUUGCCUAUUACCUGUCCAGCUCUUGGCUCCAUCCCUCCCCCUCCUGUCUUCUCCUAUCAUUUUGGAUCUCCCCCUCCCCCUCCAACUUUCAAAUCCCUUACUCACUCUUCCUUCAGUUAGUCCUGACGAAGGGUCUCGGCCUGAAACGUCGACUGCACCUCUUCCUAGAGAUGCUGCUUGGCCUGCUGCGUUCACCAGCAACUUUUAUGUGCGUUGCUUGAAUUUCCAGCAUCUGCAGAAUUCCUGUUGUUUGCUCUGAAAUUCAUGUUUGCUGUUCACCUUUCACUCUCCCUGUGGUGAUGGGUUCCAAAGAAUUGCCACUGUGGGUGAAGAGGUUUCCCUUUAAUCUCCUGCAUGGCUUUCUUCAGAUUGUGAGCUGACUGCAGUUGUGUCUGACCUGUUGUUUGUCCCUUAAAUCUCCGGGCUGAGGAAGAAUGACAUUGUUAACCCCAAAGUAACACACACAAAAUGCUGGAGAACUCAGCAUCUGUGGAAAAGAGUAAACAGUUGAUGUUUCGGACACUUGAUGAGUCCUGAUGAAGGGUCUCGGCCUAAAAUGAUGACUGUUUACACUUUUCCAUAGAUGCUGCCUGGCCUGCUGAGUUUCUGCAGCUUUUUUGUGUGUGCUGCUUUGGAAUUCCAGUAUCUGCAGAUAUUCUCGUGUUUGUUCCCUGCCCAUUUCAAUGUUAUGGGUCAUUUUCACUUUCCAAAGGGCUGUGUCUCACACAGUAGAGUUGUUGAAUACACCACCGUAAAGUCUAAAAGCAGAUGUGGAACCAUAAGUUGGAUGUUCAAUGCAACAGCGUCAGAAACCAGAGACGAGGUCAACACAGGGCAGAGUUUUGGUCUUUGCACAUUGGUAGGGGUAAGCGGAGCAAAGAAACAAAGCGGGGGUGGGUUGGGAGUUUGAAAAUGUGUAGCAGAGUUGCAACAUUUGGAAGCUGCGUAACAGAAAUAGAUAUUUAUUUUGUUGACACACAGAAUGCCUGUUGACAUUGAGUAUAUUGCCUGUGGAAGCUUGCUGUGUUAAGCUGGCAACUGAGUUCCUAUAAGAAUAUUGUUCCUCUAAACACUUUCAAUAGCACUGUUCUUAUCCGGAAAUCUCUGAGCUGAAGAAUGUACAAUCACUGCAAAUCAAGCAUGCAAGUGCAGAGAGUCCAAAGUUUGCUGAAAGCUGGGUACACGUCCAGUAGACAAAAGGCUUCAGGAAUGGAUGUGUUGUACUUCUCAGGCACAGCUGCGAUCUUAUUAGGUAGAGCUAAAGGUUUGAGACUUUGGAUGAAAAGUUAUAGUUUCAAGUUUAAGUCAAAGUACAUAUAUGUCACCAAAUACAACCCCAAAAUUAUUUUUCUUGUGGGAAUGCUCAAUAAGUCCAAUAACCAUGAUAGAAUCAAUGUAAGACCCCACUAACAGGUCAGACAACCAGUGUGCAAGUACAAAAAAGCACCACAGAGAUAAACUAAGUCCUUGUGUCACAUUGGGUUUGUUUGCAGGUCACCUUUGUGAGAUCAGUGUUUCUUUUAUUCAAUUUGGGUGUGCAAUGAUAAUGAACAAGUCUCUCUUGGGUACCAUGUGACCUAUAGCAUUCACACCUCAGAAGUUCCACACAUUAACAAUCUCCAACGAGAAAGUCCAGUCAACUAUUCUUGACGUUCAUUCGUUUUGCCAUUACUGUCUUCAUAGCCAUCAAUCACCUCAGGGUCACAAUGAUCAGAAGUUGCCAGGUAAAUACUGGUAGGGCAGUGAUACUUGCCCAGAACUGUUAAGCACUAGCAGAUCCAAAUCACAAAUAAUAUGUAAAAUGAACUACCUUUCCACAUUUAAAAAAGCAGAGCUAUGCGGCAGUUUUCUGAGUUGGACAAUCAAUGUCAGGGGGUGCGUAAAAAAAAAAACAAACUACCUUUCAAUCAGGACUCAGAUCAAGAUUUAAAAGGCAGAGAUUUGUGGCAGUUUCUGAGUUGAGGAAUCAGCAAGAGGAAUUCAUUAGAAAGGGACAAUAAUAAUACAGCAACUCAAAUGCAAACGGAGCGGCCAUUCUUUUGACUGCCAUUUUUAGAGUGGAUUUUGCUCAUCAGGCUUGGCUGGGGUUAAACAUCGGGAGAUGAAGAAGUAUCUCAUCAGAGUUGUAAAAGUGCUUUGUGUCUGAAAUGAAGAUUUCUGUUUUAACUUUUCAUUGAACCACAUUGGAUCCAACACUCCAGCAUAUCUUCACCAGAGCUUAAACACUCAACUGUUUGAAUGUGGGAAGGAUUCAAUGUCAUUUGACAUGACAAUGCACUAGAGAACUUACAGCGGGAAAAAACUUGUUUUCUGUGUAGGGAGGAAUAUAAUUAGUCUUCUAAACUGCAGAAACGCCAGUGAGUUCAGUCUGCACAGAGGCCAUUCCAUUGCUAGCUAUUUGGAAUAGGAUAAACUCGGUCAUCCAGCCUAAAGAUACAUCAGGGAUUUCACACCACAGAGAGACUGUGGGCAUGGAUUCAUUCAGUUGUCCGACCUGAACAUGAGAAAAUUUACACUGGAAAAGGUGAUUCACUUGCUGUGUGUGUGGGAUGAGAUUCAUUUAGUCAUCCUAGCUACUGACGCAUCAGAUAGUUCAUACCAGGGUGAGACCUUUAACCUAUUUAUGUGUCAGGAAAUUUCCUCGGUCAUCCCACCUGCAGACACACCAGUGAGUUUACAGUGGUGAGAGACAUUCAUUCGCUCCAUGUGUGAGAAGGAAUUCACUCUUUUAUUCAACCUUGUGAGGUGAUAACAAAUUCAGCUUAGACUGUAUAUCUAACCUGUGUGAGUUUACUCCCAUCGGCUCAACUGCUGAAACACCCGCUAGUUCACAUGGGGAGGCCAUUUAAUUAACUCAGUAUUCAAUUUUCAACUAUCACAUUUAGUGAAUCCAGUUGCAAGCUCAAGAGUGUUCAAUCCUGCAGUUGUUCAUGACAUCUGGAACUGAACCCUGAUCACUGGUCACUGGAGGGGUUCUGAUAACAUUAGCUUUUCAUUGGACUACAGUUAAAUAUUGUGGAGCUGUUAUAAAUAAAUCAAUUUUAGUUUAAAUGUUAUGUCUCUGCAGCACACUCAUGAGGCCAUUUUGCCCUUCUGGUUCCUGCCAGUGUUUCUAUUCAUACAUAGAUCAUAAUAUAUUCCCACGGGCAGUAAAAUAACGAACAAAACUACACACGAUUUACACACACAAAGUGCAGAAGGAACUGUGAGAACAUCUAUGGAGUAGAGUAAACAAUCGAUGUUUCAGGCUGAACCAUAUAUUACACGUUCUUGGUCUUCCUGCCCCCAACAUUCUCCCCGUCACCCCACUCACCAAUUUUUUGGGUUACCCAGCUCCUCCUUAGGUCACUCACCUUCCUCUUCCACCCUUGUCUCUGGGCUGCCCCCCUCCCCUCAGCUGCACCCCCAUCUCUGCCCCCCCCAUCUGCACCCCCAUGUCUGCCCCUCAUCCGCACCCCCGUGUCUGCCCCCCCAGACGCACCCCCGUGUCUGCCCCCCAGACGCACCCCUGUGUCUGCCCCACCCAGCCGCACCCCCAUGUCUGCCCCCCUUCAGCCGCAACCCCGUGUCUGGGCUGCCCCACCUCAGCUCACUGUCUCUGGGUUUCCUCUUCUCUCCAAAGUCUCUAUUACGCUUUACCUCCUUUACCCUCUUCACCAGGUCUCUCCCUUCAUUGUCUUUUCCCCCACGCAGUCUGGGACUCCCCUUUCCCUCUCUCCACUUGCAAACCUACAGCUUUCAUCACUGGGUCACCCUUUCCCCACCCUCUUUAGUGUGUUGCCUUUUUUCCCCUCACUCCCUGUCCUUGUGUCUCCUGCUUUCCUGCCCCAUUCAAGGCCACCCUCUUGCCCCCUCCUCCUGUCUUUGAAGUGCCCUCUUUCCGCCACUCCUGUCAUUUCUGGGUCAGUCCACCCCACUCUCCUCCCCUUCCUCUGUGCUGACCCUUUUCAUCUCACUGGAAUCUCUGGGUCACCCCUUACCACCUCCCCUGUCAUUUCUUUGUUUCUUCCACUCACCUCUCCCACCCCAUCUUGGGGGUAGCAAUCUUCCCCUUGUCUCUGGAUCUCCUUUCUCCUUCCCUCAUCUCUGGGUAUCCGCCCUUCCCCUACACUUGUCUCUAGAUCUCCUUCCCUCUGCCCCACCCCCUCUCCGAAUCUGGGUCUACACCGUCACCAUAUCUGCAUCUCCUCUUCCCACCUCCCUUGUCUCUGGGUCACCUCAACCAUCCCUUAGUGCCCUCAGGCCUCUGGCUUCCUCUUGUUUCCCUCCCAUAUCACUGUCUCUCCCAGCCAUCUAUUCUCAAUUCUGUAUUCUCCCUUCCUCUUCCCAUCUCAUCACCCCCUUUCCCCCAGUUCUGUGUUGUCUCUUCCACCACUGCACUUCUCUGUGGUUCCCCCUCUCCAUUCUCUCUUUGGGACACCCCAUUUCUGAGAGCAUCUUUGGGAUACCCUCCCUUCCACAGUCACUUCUUGUGCAUCCCUCAUUCCUGUCACCCCAUCCCAUUCUAUCCGGCUCUGAGAAGCUCCCUUUUCCCUAUACCAUACCCAGCCACUUUCGGAUGUCAUUCAUCCCCUUGUCUUUGUGACAUGCCCUUCCUACCCACCCCCACGUCUAAUAUGCCUCCAGCCCUUCCCAUCAGGAGAUGUGCCUUCUAGCCCUACGUCCGUGUAUACCCCACUCACCACCGCCCCCUCUGUCUCUGGGACACAUCCUUCCACCUCCCCAUAUAUGGGAAUUCCCCCGUCCCCUCUACUAACCACACCUGUGUCUGGACAGCCACCAAUCUCCCACUCCUCCAUCCGGUCUUGGGAGGACUCCUUCCCUGUCUCUGAAAUGGACCCUCCCCAUCUCCAUCUCCAUUCCCCACAUCUCCACGACACCCUCUUCCUCCCUGCAUCUGCGAUGCCUCAUCUCUGGGGCGACUGUACCCCACUAGCAAUUGGAUGCCCCACUUCCUCCUCCUAUCAUCCCCACCAAACUCUAUUUAUGCACUCCUUACCCCUCUUGUAUCUGGGACAACCCCUGCCUGCUUCACUAGAAUACCUUUUCACACUCCAUAGCAACACUUCUAGGAUGCCCCUUUCCCCCACCCCUCCUCAAUCAUUCUCCAGAAUGCCCCCUUCCUCACUUCGACACCUGCCUCAUCGAUACCAUUUCCUCCUCCUGAACCUGUGCCUUUGACACCCCUUUCCUCUCCUCCCCUAUCUGUUUCACUUCACCCCAAACUGGGUCAUGCCCUUCCAAGUCUCAACAACAUCCUCUUCCUCCUCUACCCCCUUCUACAGCACGCCACCACCACUCUCCUUCGGGUGUCUGGAAUAGACCCUUUUCCCUAUGUCUCUGGGACACCCCUUGGUUGUUGUCUCAGUGUCACCCAUUCCUCCCGUCUCUAUGACACCUUAUUCCGCCCAUCUCCUUUCCCCACCAACACACAAGCUCUGUGACAACCCUGACUUCCCCAUUCUCCAAAUCCUUAAAUCCUGGCUCAUCCCAUGUACCGUGACCUGGGUGCAGAACUGGAUGUGAAGAGCAUCAGCAAUGAUUGCAGAGCUCGACAUCAACACUCACUUAUCAACUUGCCUCUUCUCUGUGAAGUGACUGGUGUGUCAUUAGGUGUGUUGAGUAAGUGAAUGCCUUCUCACAGUCUUAGCAGAUCAACGGCCUCUCUCCAGUGUGAACUCACUUGUCUGUCAACUGAUCAGAUGACAGGUAAAUCUCUUCCCAGACACAGAACAGUUGAUCUGUCUCUCUCCUUUAGGAAUUCACUAGUGUAUCUGCAGGUCACCUGAGUGAGUGAAUCUGUUCCCAUGUAUGGAUUAAGCAAAUUUUCUGAUGUAUGGUCAGCUUAGAUGACAGCGAAUUGCUUUCUGUAGUCGGAAUAAGUGAGCCAUCUCAAUAUGGUGUGAAUUUGCUGAGAUGGAUGUGCUCAAUCAGCGAACAAGAGCACAGGAAGUUCCGAUUUCACAUCAGUUUGAGGUGAAGAUGAACAGACGUAGUGCUUCACGGCAGUUUACAGGAGUUGGACUGUGCCCAAUCAGUGAACAGGAUUCAUUAGAAAGGGCAAAUAAGACACAGGAAAGUGGAGCGGCCAUUGUGUGAGUGGGUUGCUAUUAGAGUGGCUUUGACUAUCAGAUAUGGGUGAGCUAAGUAUCUGGCAAAAAUUUCUUAUUCUUUAUUCUUUAUUCCUUGUCUGUUAGGGCACAGUUAGUGUAGUGAGAAUGGCUCCGGGGCUGUGUUUGGUUCUGUGUGUGAGUUGUGGGAAUUCUGAGACACCAACAGCCUCCUGGAUAACCGUAAAUGCACCAGGUGCAUUGAGCUGCUUUUCUUCAGAAAAUGUGUUAAUGGAACUGGAGCUGCAGCUCAAUGACCUUUGGCUCAUAUGGGAGACUGAGGAAAUGAUAGAUCAGAGCUAUGGGGAGGUAGUCAUCCAGAGGUUGCAGGAGGCAGGUAUCACAUAUGACCACUAUAUCCCAUGUGACCACUCUACUCACUUGACCACCCUUCUAUCCCAUGUGACCACACUAUCCCACGUGACCACCCUACACCAUGUGACCACUCUGUCUCACGUGAAAUUGCGCACCAUACAACAUGCUUCCAGACAAAGAGCAUACAUUUAGAUUUUGUUCAAACAUACAAGGUGGUAACUUGUAAACAUUUAUAUGUAGCGUAUCCUUUGGUUUUGGAACCAGAUAUUUGCAUGUGCAGUUUAAGCCAUAGAAGUUACAUUCAGUUUAAUAAGCUGUACUUGUGUUACCAGAGGAAAAGGCAUCCAUUGCCAUUGUCCUGAAAAAUGCUGUGUGGGAAGUCGUUGUAAACAACUUUAUUUUUCUGCAUUCUUUGGUCCUGAUGACAAGACGUGCAGAUAGGUCUGAAGAGUUAUAUACAAAAUAAUAAUGGAAAUUGCACACAUGCUCGCUGAGGAAAUAGCAUACAUUUCUAUUUUGCUCAAAAAUACGAUGUGGUAACUUGUAAAUAUUUUUAUUUACAGUAUCUUAUGCUGUGGACUGUUUUGGAACUAGCUAUUUCUGCAGUCUUGUCCAUGGAAGUUACAUUUGGUUUCAGAACAAAUUGCUCAUCAACUAUACUAGCGUUGUAAGAGCAAAAGGCCUCCCUUGCCAAUUUCCUGAAAAAUGCUAUGUGGGAGGUUAUUAUAAACUGUUUUAUAUUUUCUAUGAUCCUGAUGUCUAUACAUCACUUGUAUGAUAGUGCCAGUUGUCUGGAAAGCUGCAUGCACUUGCUUCAUAGAAAUUAAACACUAUACAAUGUCAUGUUAUGUCUCCAGAAGAUCAAGCAUGCAAUUUCUAUUUUGCUUUAAAAUACAAAGUGGUAACUUGUUGCCAAUAUUUUUAUUUAGUGUGGAGUAUAUUGGAACCAGCUAUUUGUAUGUGCAAUUGAAGCCAUAGAAGUAAUAUUCAGUUUCAAAACACAUGGCACAUAGGCUACUGUAUACCAAUGUAAACAGAGCAAAGCACUUACAUUGCCAAUUUCCUGAAAAUUGGUGUUUGGGAUGUUAUUGUAGAUAAUUUUAUUGUACUCGUUCUGUAGUCAUGGUGUCUAUACAUGCGUUUGCCCGACAGUGCCAGUUAAGUCUAAGAAUUAUGUGCACUCACUUUAUAGAAAUUGGGCGCAGUACAAAGUACUGCUUGCA